AUGGGCCUGAGCUCCUCCAAGGCGCAGCCCAAGGUGACCAGGGUGGCCCCAGGGCCCACUCUGGGUGUCCUGCCCGGGGAGCCAGGACAGCCCAGCCCACAAAGCCCGGGUGGGACACCCUGGGGAAAGCCCAUCUUCCACCUGGAGCUUCCACCCCUGCGGGAGACCUGGCACGGGAGAGCCUCUGCAGGGCCCCUCUCUUUGAACACCUUGCCAGGAAAGGAUGGAGCCAGCAUCAUCAAGCAGCACCCACCUCGGAGGCCUCAAAGGCUUGAACCUGCCAUCCCUCCACAAGCCAUCACUCCUGCCAAGCCCUGGAGUCAGCGAGCAGUGGCUGCAGGCCCAAAACCAAAGGUGCUGGAGAAGAGGGGGCAAAGCCUGAAUCCCCUCCCUGGCAGGAGGCAGCACUUGCACAAGCUUCAGAUGCUGGACUUGACCCGCAAGCGACGAGAGGCGGAGCUGAAGCGGAAUCUCCACAGGGAGGCGAAAAUCAAUAAGCAAAAAAUCAAGGAAUUCAGCCCCCAGGAUGUCCUUGACAGUCCCCAGAGAGCUGACAGCACCAGAAGCCCAGACCCUGUCCCUGCUGAGCAUAGUCAGCAUUUUCAUGAAGAUGACCCUGGAAACACGUGGGGUGGGGAGCUCUCCAGGCAGCCUGACAGGGCUGAGCUCUCUCCAGACAGGAGGGGGAAGGCUGAGCUGUGGUUCUGCAGGGAGCCACGGACGAGGGAUCUGUUCUGGGACUCCUCCAGCCCAGGCUCCGAGGAGUGCGAGAGGGAAGAGAAGACUCACCGCAAACCCACGCUCGUGAGGACCAGGACAGAGAGAGUUUCCCUCUUUGAUGACUUCUUUGACAGGGAUUUCUAG